AUGUCCUGGGAAGCGCAGCUUGCGGGGGCAGCCAGCUCCCUGCUCUUCGUGGUGCUGAACUGUGCCAUGAACAUCUACACCAAAUGGCUCUUCUCUCCAGGGGGCGGUGACUUUGCUUUGCCCUGGACGAUGCUCGCCGUCCAGCAGGCGGAGGCCAGCGCCUGA